UCCAGUGAGUGAGGAAGUUAAGAUCUCAAUUUUAGUACAAACAUGGUUUGCCUUACUGUUUUGUUAGUUUCGGUGGCAGGAUUUGUCCUGCUAUUACUCGGCAGUCUGUUUCUUGCAUACACGUUGUUUUUGCACUAUUUGCAUGUGAAAUACAGCCACAUUCCAGGACCAAAGCGAACGAGCUUUUAUUGGGGCCACUUGGCAGAUAUGGCACAAGCGAUUGCCGACAAGAAGUUGAUGGAAGACCUCAUGUUUGAGUGGUCCAAAAAGUAUGGCAGAGUCUUCGUAUUCCAUAUCUUGCACAAUGUCAGCGUUCAGGUGUACACCCCAGAAGCUGUAAGGGAUAUCUUGGUUUUGGAGAACUUCCCCAAGUGGAAAGCAGGCUAUCGGUCUCUGACACAGGUGUUUGGGCAACGCUUCUUCGGCAAAAGCCUUGUGACGGAAAUUGACCAUGAGAAAUGGAAACCCAUGGGUGCUCUGUUUAGUCCAGUCUUCCAUCGCAACUUUUUGAAAAGGUGUAUUGUCCAGUUCAAUACCAGCUGUGACCUGCUCCUAGAGAGCUUGUCUAAGAAAGCCGAUGGGAAGACUGAAGUCAACAUGCUGGACAUGUUCAACAGUGUCUCCCUAGAUUGCAUCACCAAGGUUGCAUUUGGUCUUCAUGUGAACAUACUCGAUGAAGAGAACCCCCAGCUCAUUGCAGAUAUCAGGUGUGCAGCAGAGUCAACAUUUCAAACCUUCAUCAGGCCUCUGCUAUGGUGCAACCCAUCCAAGUCGGCUAGGGAAUAUCGUGAGAGGGGGAGACAGGCCGUCAACCGCAUUCGCAAGAUGGCGCGAGAUUGCAUCAUGACCACCAUGGAGUCCUUGAAUUCCGGCCAGACGCUGGACAACAACAUACUGGCUCACAUACUGCAGACGUCGACGUUGAGUGACAAGAACGGCGUCAUCACGGAGGUGGAGCUGGAGAAGAUGGUGGAUCAUUUUGUUACAUUCCUUGGGGCCGGACAAGAGACCACAGCAUGUCUCAUGGCGUCUACUUUGUUGGAGCUUGCGCAACAUCCGGAAGUUGUAUACAAAAUGAAGACAGAAGCAGACGCUGUGAUCGGUGACAAUGGAUAUGUUACCUUCGAGGACUUGUCCAAUCUGAAAUACACACAGGCGGUUUUGGAGGAAGGUUUGCGUGUCCAUCCUCCAGUGUCCAGCGUUCCCAGACAGCUGACCAAAGAUGUCGUCUAUAAUGGUAUCAAAGUACCUGCAGGCACCCCCGUUUGGGUGAGCAUGACCAACAUGGCCAGGCAGGAGGAGUAUUUUGAAAAGCCGGAGGAAUUCAUACCAAGUCGAUUUCUGAAUGACGAAAGUUUCAAAUAUGUGCACAUCCCCUUUUCUCUGGGCCCACGAAAAUGCAUCGGGCAGAAGUUUGCAAUGAUUGAAGCUCGUGUCAUCAUGGCCAAACUGAUGAAGUAUUUCCACUUUGAGCUGGUACCCGGUCAGUCGUUGCACUUCGUUAAGAUGGUAACCUGCAAACCCAAGGACGGCUGCUUGGUGUACAUCAGACCUGACGCUCCUCUCAACCAUGUGACUUUACCAUAAAUCGGGCGGUCCGAGAAACUUCACUUCAACCAGCAAAGUUGAUUUCUCAGGAGAUUUCAUCCUAACUGGGGCGCAGGAUGGCCACUUAUCAAAUUUGAAAAUCCCAAGACGACCACAGAAAAAUUCCCAAGAUUUCCCAAGAUAUCUUUACUCAUAGAAAUAGCAGCACAGACCCUAUUUGUAUGUGAAUAUUGCUCACAAAGUGCUUCCAUUAACAUUUUUGUGUUCUCAAUAUGCAAAAAAAUGCCAAGGCUCAGCGAAAUGUUCCCAAGCCCUGGCCUGAAUUCCCAAGAUCUUGGGAAAAAAAUCCAAGGGGUGGCCACGCUGCUGAGGCAACAUAAGCGCAUGUUACUCAUUGCUUGCUGUGUUGCCACUAAAUUUGAGGCUACAAUGAAUGCACAGUGAUUUGGACGGCGUAUAUUUUGAGCAUACUAGCCUGCACCCCAAGCUCCAUGGUACAACCAUGGAGGCAGAAUGGUAUAACGGUCCGUGGCAUGAAAGAAUAUUUAACUAAGGGCGCGGCUUGGUUUUGAAUUUACAAUGCAACAGCCUUUUUUGCAAUAAAUUUCACCCAGAGCUAGGUACACUUCGCUAGAGCAAUUUGUACACGUUAUUAUCCCACAUCUGACACUCAGCUGUACCCAUCUCAUCGGUCAGUUAGUGUGAAUGUUCGGGUCGAGUUUCUUUCUUUAGUUUCCUUGGUUUGUGACUGAUAUACAUGUAGUAGUACCUAAAUUAAAGAAAAAGUUAUGAAAUAAUGUUCAAGUUACAACUGAAAGCACACAAUAUUUUUUUUGGGGGGGGGGG